CUCCCUCUCUGCUUUAUACAGGCAUAUAAUCCCUGAGUUGACCCAGAAAACAAACUGACUGCCGAGACGCCGCACAGUUCCUAUCCGCUGCAGGGCUGCAUGUAGCCGGAUCACCAGCUGCACAGAGACCCCCCCUCCGGAACAGAAACUUCUUCACAAAUCCACAUUCAAACAUCGGGGCGACAGACGCCAUGGCUGAACACAUGAUGAUGCCCAUGCAGCACGGCUUCAGGAUGGGCAUGAAUGGACCCCCGCAGCACCAGGGUCAGCCCGGCUUGCGCGCGAUGCACAACGGCCAGGUGAUGCAUUAUGGGAGGAACCCCCAGAGCAACAUGGAGGCCGCCAUGAGGCAGCGGCAGGGCAUGGUGGGCCCCGGAGGCAUGGCGGGCCCCGUGAACACCGCUCCCAUGGCCAACCACCACCACCAGAUGAUGUCCGGGAACAUGAUGUACAACGGGCAGCAGCAGCAGCAGCAGCAGCAGCAGCACCACAUGCACCCCCAACAACAACAACAACAACAACAACAACAACAGCAACAACAACAGCAACAACAGGGGCAUCCACAACAUCAACAACAGGGACACCCACAGCAGUACAUCCCCGGAAACCUCACCUCCCAGCAGCUGAUGGCCAGCAUGCACCUGCAGAAACUCAACACGCAGUACCACGGACACCCUCUGGUUUCGAACGGCCACCACAUGCAGAACGGAGCUCAGUACCGGGUCAAUCCGGCGCAGCUCCACGCGGGCAUGCAGCACCUCGGAGGACCGCAGGGACAAAACAUGGACAUGGAUCUGAUCGACGAGGAGGUGCUGACGUCGCUGGUGCUGGAGUUCGGGUUGGACCGCGUUCAGGAGCUGCCCGAGCUUUACCUGGGACAGAACGAGUUCGACUUCAUAUCGGACUUUGUGUGCAAACAGCAGCCGAGCACGGUGAGCUGCUGAGCCCAAGCUUUUUCAGACUGGACGACCCCCCCUCCCCCAAAGAAUGAGUAGCACAGCGAGGAGGAGACAAUCUCUCUGUUCGGCUGUUUCUGUGUCUCUGACGCCUUGACACUGAGGAGAACGCACCGGGUUUCUCCUCUUUGAGCCGGCGCCACGAAGAUUUUGAUGAGGCGUCCUGUUUGUACCCAUCUGUGCCUGCAUUGCCAAGGCUUUGGGAUAUUUAAAACAAAC